UCUCGAGGUGUCUGGAGGCCCAGCGAGCCCCGGACCCAGGAGGCCCAAGGAGCUGGAGGUGACCCUCAGGCAGCAAGACCCCUGAGGAAGGGCGUGAGCCCCGCGGACAGCUGUGCAGCACCUCGAGCUGGGCUCCUGCUAGGAGGCAGUGCCUGUGCCCAGGCAGCGGCUCAGAGGCAGCUGCUCCAUGCAGAACUGAAGCUGGUCCUGCAGCAGAAGGGGGAGAGGAAGCAGGAACCUGGGGCCCAGGUAACUCCCAGCAGUGUCAUGGAGGCCAGGAGCCGGAGUGCUGAGGAGCUGAGACGGGCAGAGCUGGUGGAGAUCAUCGUGGAGACCGAGGCGCAGACCGGGGCCAGCGGCAUCAACGUAGCGGGCGGCGGCAAAGAGGGAAUCUUCGUCCGUGAACUGCGCGAGGACUCGCCCGCCGCCAGGAGCCUCAGCCUGCAGGAAGGGGACCAGCUGCUGAGCGCCCGCGUGUUCUUUGAGAACUUCAAGUACGAGGACGCACUCCGCCUGCUGCAAUGCGCCGAGCCUUACAAGGUCUCCUUCUGCCUGAAGCGCACUGUGCCCACCGGGGACCUGGCGCUGCGGCCUGGGACCGUGGCCGGCUACGAGAUCAAGGGCCCGCGGGCCAAGGUGGCCAAGCUGAACAUCCAGAGUCUGUCCCCUGUGAAGAAGAAGAAGAUGGUGGUGGUGCCCGGGGCCCUGGGGGUCCCUGCUGACCUGGCCCCCGUUGACGUCGAGUUCUCCUUCCCCAAGUUCUCCCGUCUGCGUCGGGGCCUCAAAGCCGAGGCUGUCAAGGGUCCUGUCCCAGCCGCCCCUGCCCGCCGGCGCCUCCAGCUGCCUCGGCUGCGUGUACGAGAAGUGGCCGAAGAGGCCCAGGCAGCCCGGCUGGCUGCCGCCGCUCCUCCCCCCAGAAAGGCCAAGGUGGAGGCUGAGGUGGCCGCAGGAGCCCGUUUCACAGCCCCCCAGGUGGAGCUGGUUGGGCCCCGGCUGCCAGGUGCUGAGAUGGGUGUACCCCAAGUCUCAGCCCCCAAGGCGGCUCCCUCAGUAGAGGGAGUCAGUGGCUUUGCCCUCCACCUGCCAACCCUUGGGCUAGGAGCCCCGGCUGCACCUGCUGUGGAACCCCCGGCCGUAGGGAUCCAGGUCCCCCAGGUGGAGCUGCCCACCCUGCCCUCACUCCCCACUCUGCCCACACUUCCCUGCCUGGAGACCCGGGAAGGGGUUGCGGCGGUGGUGGUGCCCACCCUGGAUGUGGCAGCGCCUACUGUGGGGGUGGACCUGGCCUUGCCGGGCACGGAGGUGGAGGCCCGAGGAGAGGCACCCGAGGUGGCCCUGAAGAUGCCCCGCCUCAGUUUCCCCCGCUUUGGGGCUCGAGCAAAGGAAGCUGUGGAGGCCAAGGUGGCCAAGGGCAGCCCUGAGACCAGGGUGAAAGGUCCCAAACUUCGCAUGCCCACCUUUGGGCUUUCUCUCCUGGAGCCCCGGCCCACUGCCCCCGAAGCCGUUGUUGAGAGCAAGCUCAAGCUGCCCACCCUCAAGAUGCCCUCCUUUGGCAUUGGAGUGUCAGGGCCUGAGGUCAAGGUGUCCAAGGGGCCUGAAGUGAAGCUCCCCAAAGCCCCCGAUGUCAAGCUCCCCAAAGUGCCCGAGGCUACCCUUCCAGGUGUGAAACUCCCAGAGGUGCAGCUCCCGAAAGUGGCAGAGAUGAAACUCCCAAAGGUGUCAGAGAUGGCAGUGCCAGAGAUGCGGCUUCCAGAGGUGCAGCUGCCGAAAGUCCCCGAGAUGAAGCUCCCCGAGAUGAAAGUCCCCGAGAUGAAGCUCCCCGAGAUGAAACUCCCAAAGGUGCCUGAGAUGGCCGUGCCCGACGUGCACCUCCCGGAAGUGCAGCUCCCGAAAGUUCCAGAGAUGAAGCUCCCUGAGAUGAAACUCCCUGAAGUGAAACUCCCAAAGGUGCCUGAGAUGGCUGUGCCUGACGUGCACCUCCCAGAAUUGCAGCUCCCGAAAGUUCCAGAGAUGAAACUCCCCAAGAUACCCGAGAUGGCCGUGCCAGAGGUUCGACUCCCCGAGGUGCAGCUGCCAAAAGUCUCAGAGAUGAAACUCCCCAAGGUGCCUGAGAUGGCCGUGCCCGAUGUGCACCUCCCGGAAGUGCAGCUCCCGAAAGUGUCAGAGAUGAAACUCCCCAAGGUGCCCGAGAUGGCCGUGCCUGAUGUGCGCCUCCCGGAAGUGCAGCUGCCGAAAGUGUCAGAGAUGAAAGUCCCGGACAUGAAACUCCCAGAGAUCAAACUCCCCAAGAUGCCCGAGAUGGCUGUGCCCGACAUGCACCUCCCAGAGGUGCAGCUGCCAAAGGUUUCAGAGAUUCGGCUGCCGGAAAUGCAAGUACCAAAGGUCUCCGAUGUGCAUCUUCCGAAGGUGCCGGACGUGAAGCUACCCAAGGCCCCAGAGGUGCAACUGAAAGCCGCUGGGGCAGAAAAGGCAGAGGGGCUGGAAUUUGGCUUCAAGAUGCCCAAGAUGACCAUGCCUAAGCUAGGGAGGGCGGGGUCCCCGUCACGAGGCAAGCCGGGUGAGGCAGGUGCUGAGGUCUCGGAGAAGCUAGUGACACUUCCCUGUCUGCAGCCGGAGGUGAGCGGCGAGGCUCGGGUGGGUGUCCCCUCUCUCAGCCUGCCCUCAGUGGAGAUAGACCUGCCCGGGGCCCUCGGCCUGGAGGGGAAGGUCCAAGCAGCCGAAGCGGGCAAGGUGGAGAGGGCAGAGGGCCCCCAGGUGGCAGCAGGGGUCAGGGAAGUGGGCUUCCGCGUGCCCUCUGUUGAGAUUGUCACUCCACAGCUGCCCACCGUGGAAACUGAGGAAGGCCAGCUAGAGAUGAUGGAGAUGAAGGUCAAGGCCUCCUCCAAGUUCUCCCUGCCCAAGUUUGGACUCGCGGGGCCAAAGGUGGCCAAGGUAGAGGCCGAGGGGGCUGGGCGAGCCACCAAGCUGAAAGUGUCCAAGUUCGCCAUCUCACUCCCCAAGGCUCGGGUGGGAACUGAGGCUGAGGCUAAAGAGGCAGGGGAGGCAGGCCUGCUGCCUGCCCUCGAUCUGUCCAUCCCACAGCUCAGCCUGGAUGCUCAUCUGCCCUCAGGAAAGCUGGAGGUGGCAGGGGCUGACGUCAAGCUCAAGGGGCCCAGGUUUGCUCUGCCCAAGUUUGGGGUCAGAGGCCGGGACACUGAGGCAGGAGAACUAGCGUCGGGGGUGGCUGAGUUGGAGGCCAAGGGCUGGGGCUGGGAUGGAAAGAUGAAGAUGCCCAAGCUGAAGAUGCCGUCCUUUGGGCUGGCUCGAGGGAAGGAAGCGGAAGUCCAGCGUGAGCGCACAAGCCCGGGGGAAAAACUUGAAUUCAUCACCGGGCAGCUUAAGAUCCCUGAGGUGGAGCUGGUCACACCAGGGGGCCAGGAGGAAGGGAGGGCAGAGGGGGCAAUGGCGGUCAGUGGGAUGCGGCUGUCAGGCCUGCAGGUGUCCACAGCCAAGGCAGUGGUCACCGAGGGCCAUGAGGGAAGGCUGAGGAUGCCGUCACUUGGUAUCUCCCUGCCCCAGGUGGAGCUGACUGGCUUUGGGGAGGCGGGUACCCUGGGGCAGCAGGCCGAGGGCACAGCCCCUUCAGCUGAGGGCACAGCAGGCUAUAAGGUCCAGGUGCCUCAGGUGGCCCUGUCUCUGCCUGGCGCACAGGUAGCAGGGGGGGAGCUGUUGGUGGGUGAGGGCGUCUUCAAGAUGCCCACCGUGACGGUGCCCCAGCUUGAGCUGGACGUGGGGCUGAGUCGGGAGGCGCAGGUGGGUGAGACAGCCACAGGCGAGGGUGGGUUGAGGCUGAAGUUGCCCACACUAGGGGCUGGCUCUGGGGCUGGGAAAGAGAGGGCUGAGGACCAGCCUCCAGGGGCUGAGCGUACCUUCCACCUCUCCCUGCCUGACGUGGAACUCUCACCACCUGUGGGCACCCACGCCGAGUACCAGGUGGUACAGGGUGAGGGGGAUGCCGGACACAAGCUCAAGGUGCGGCUGCCCCGGUUUGGCCUGGUGAGGGCCAGGGAGGGGGUCGAGGAGGGUGAGAAGGCCAAGAGCCCCAAACUCAGGCUGCCUCGAGUGGGCUUCAGCCAAAGUGAGACAGUUGCUGGGGAAGGCUCCCCCAGCCCCGAGGAGGAGGAAGAAGAGGACAGUGGGGAAGGGGCCUCGGGACGCCGCAGCCGGGUCCGGGUCCGCUUGCCACGUGUGGGCCUGGCGGCCCCUUCUAAAGCCUCAAAGGGGCAGGAGGGUGAGGUAGCCUCCAAGUCCCCUGUCGGGGAGAAGUCACCCAAGUUCCGCUUCCCCAGGGUGUCCCUAAGCCCCAAGGCCCGGAGUGGGAGUGGGGACCAGGAAGAGGGUGGAUUCAGGGUUCGGCUGCCCAGUGUGGGGUUUUCGGAGACAGGGGCUCCAGGCCCCACCAGGAUGGAAGGGGCUCAGGCUGCCGCCGUCUGAAGCCCCUGGGCAGAUGGAGACUCCCUCCCUGUCUUCCCAGCUCCACCUCUCCCUCGUUUUGUGUGUGAGAUAACUAGCACUAACCCUAAGAGGGCUGGAAGGCGGGCGACUGACCGGGGCAGGGGCAGGGAGGCCUGUACCUGUCUCACUGGCAGAAGUGCCUGUAUCACGCCAAGCCAUGUGAAUAAAAUAAUCCAGAGGUAGCCA